GCCGGAGCCCGGGGCGGGGCCGGCGGGCGCCGAACACGCUACAUACUUUGCCGAGUCAAAGAGUGAACGGCGGCGUCCCCGGCCAGCCGCGCCGCUGCCGACCUCCGGAGGGCGCUGCACCUCCUCCAACUUCUCAGACCUACACCGACCCCAGAACCUUUCUUUCGCGCCACCGAAGUUGGAACUCCGGAGCGAAGAUAGGAGGACUCGAAGCUUGAUAGGCUGCAGUCAGAGCCAAUGAGAAAGGCAAGCUGUGUAGGUUGCAGUCAGUAAUAGAAGCCGAAGGAAGUGACGUAAGCGGAAGUACAAUAGUCAGAGAAGCUGCAUAAAUAACGAGUCUAACCCGUUGUCUGGAACUAGCGAGACAAGAAGGCGGCAAAGAUGUCGGAGCGCAAAGUUUUAAACAAAUACUACCCUCCAGACUUCGACCCGUCAAAGAUCCCCAAACUCAAGCUCCCCAAGGACCGGCAGUACGUAGUGCGGUUGAUGGCCCCGUUCAACAUGAGGUGUAAGACGUGUGGAGAGUACAUCUACAAGGGCAAGAAGUUCAAUGCUCGCAAGGAGACGGUGCAGAACGAGGUCUACCUGGGCCUGCCCAUCUUCAGGUUCUACAUCAAGUGCACGCGCUGCUUGGCCGAGAUCACUUUCAAGACAGACCCUGAAAACACCGACUACACCAUGGAGCACGGGGCCACGCGGAACUUCCAGGCGGAGAAGCUCCUGGAGGAGGAGGAGAAGCGGGUGCAGAAGGAGAGGGAGGACGAGGAGCUGAACAACCCCAUGAAGGUGCUGGAGAACCGCACCAAGGACUCCAAGCUGGAGAUGGAGGUGCUGGAGAACCUGCAGGAGCUGAAGGAGCUCAACCAGCGCCAGGCGCACGUGGACUUCGAGGCCAUGCUGCGGCAGCACCGCCUGUCGGAGGAGGAGCGCCGGCGGCGGCAGCAGGAGGAGGACGAGCAGGAGACCGCGGCCUUGCUGGAGGAAGCGCGGAGGCAGCGGCUGCUGGAGGACUCGGACUCUGAGGACGAGGCCGCGCCCGCCCCGCCCCGGCCCGCGCUGCGGCCCCAGCCCACCGCCAUCCUGCACGAGGCCCCGAAGGCCAAGAGGAAGGCAGAGAGCGCGGGCCGGGCCCAGCUGUCGGGCCUGGUCAUGGUGAAGAAGGCAAAGACGGCCGCGGCGGCGGGGAGCACGGGGCAGGGCCCCAGCCCAGGUGCCCCGGAGAGCAAGAAGGCUGCAGACCCGGCCCCCCGCACGCCUGGCACCUCCUCCCUGAGCCAGCUGGGCACGUACGGGGACAGUGGGGACAGCGACGGCAGCAACUGAGAGCCCCACCCAGGCCCAGGCCCAGGGCAUCGCAGGCCUCGGUGCGGCCGUCCGAGGCGGGAGCUGCUCAUGGUCUGGGCAGGAGGCUCCACACGACCUGGGCCACAGGCAGCAGCAGCAGCGUCACCCAGGCUGAGGGCCAGCGAGGCUGCGGGGGACUCCGUUUCUGUGCCACCUGCAGCGGCCCUGCAGCACCUCCGGGUUCCUUCCCACCUGCAGGGUCCAGGUUGAGCUCCUGCAAGCCCAGCGCCCGCGGCCUCCUGGCCUGAGGGCAGCCGUGUUCUGGGAUGGGGACGUCCUUCCCUACUUGGCUCCAUCCCUUGCCCCAUAGAACUGUCUAGAACCACUAAAAGGGCCUUGCCGCACUGGCUGGGCACCAGCUCUCUGCCAGGAUCGAGCAGGGUUUGGGGUGGCCCCGGCUCCGCGGGCCCCGCGUACCACUGUUGGUGCCCGGAUCCGGUGUCGGUUCGUUUGCUGUCGCUGCAGCGCGGCGCCCAAGGUCGGGCCUUUUAUAAAGAAGUUUGUUUGGCUCACA